UACGGCGGCCCUAGAGCAAAGCCAUGGAGCUGCCCGAUCCAGUCCGGGAGCGUCUGGGAAACUUGAGCCGAACGCUGUUUACCGACACAAACCGGACCGGACCGGAAAACAACAGCAACAUCAAUAAUGAAAUAGUUUCCAGUUUGGCAUUACAGAUGUCUCUCUAUUUCAAUAUUUAUUUCUUCCCAUUUUGGUGGGUGUCUAGUAUUAUCAUGCUCCUGCUGAAGUAUCCCGUCUUGCCUGAUUAUUAUAAAUUCAUUCUAGUCACUGUUGUUAUACUAAUAACCUUGAUUGAGGCUAUCCGAUUGUAUUUAGGAUAUAUGGGCAACCUACAGGAGAAGGUUCCUGAACUGGCUGGCUUUUGGCUUUUGAGCUUUCUGUUGCAGUUGCCCCUAAUUCUCUUCUUGCUCUUUAAUGAAGGUCUGAAAAGUCAGCCCCUGGAACGAGCAGUCCAUAUCAUCUUCACCAUUUUCCUUGCUUUACAAGUUGUCUUGGCAUUUUUUACCUUGAAAAAAAUGGCAAACCAUUUGGCUGCCAGUUUUCAACUACAAGACUUUGACUGUUUUGAUCAGUCAUCUUCAAGAGGCAUGAUUAGAGGCAAAGACUAGGACAUAAAUUCCUAAGUUUUCAGAUCCACAUUUAUAGAAGAUUUCGGUCCACAGCUGUUGAGUAGGAGUCUGUACAAUAAACCAGACAGAUUGUACCAGAAGAUACCAAGUAUUGAGGCAAUGAUCCUGCCUGAGAAAAAGAACAAAGCAAAUAAUGUCCUAUAUUUUUGUUACUCUGAGAAAUUCCGUGGCGUGAGAGAAUAGGCAGCUGUAUUCAGACUUUACCUCCAGAAUGCCAAAAACACAGAUAAAAAAUAGUUCAAAAAUCAAAGUAUUAUCUGUAUCAUGCUUAAUAUUAUUUCUUGAAAACAGAUUUUUUUGUUUUUUAGUUAACAUUUUUAGUCUUGCUCUUCCUGUAUAUUUGAUACAUUAUAGCUACAGCAUUAAAGUAAAAUCUGUUCAGUAUCCUCUAAUAGUAGAAGAAAAUCUCUUAAUCUGUAUUUGCAUCAUAUUUAUUUUAAGAACUAUCAAUAUGGUUUUGUGCUUUUUGGGAGAAGAGGGGCUUGCCUUUUUUUUUCUUUAAAUAGACAUGACUAUUGUCAGCAUUUCAUCCAUCUCUGAGAAUAUGUUUUUUUGAAGCAUACAAAAAAGCAUGUGCUUAUCCAUAUUCUUUGCUUUUAGAAUAUUUGCAGAGAAGAUACUAGAUAGGAUUUUUAUGCCCACAGUGCUUCAAUUCCUAUCUUGAAUAUAAGAAGUAUUGGGGAGAAGAGGGCAGCAUUUGAUACUAUAGCAUAUUAUUUAUAAUAAUAUUGCCAUUUAAAAAAUUGUCUACUAUAUUUUUCCAGUGUUGUGAAAAUGUUUUCAAAAUAAUCGAUUUUUAAAAUAUCCUUAUAUUAAA